GCGCGCAUGGGGCGUGGGGCGAAUGCUAAGCGGCGACCGCGCCGGAAGGACCAGGGUCAGACUUUGCCACCGACACCCACCUCGCCUGCAGACUCUGGCGAUGAUGAUGAUGUGGCAAAGGUCCAUCGGUGCCUUCACGCAAAUGCGCGGAUGACAGCAAUUUGGCGCCGCAAUGUCCGGGGUAAACUGAGCUGCCCGUCCAAAAGGCGGAAGUCUGCCAGCUGCUCUGCCCAGGCACCCUGCCGGUCCUGCCGCUUGCCGCAGUCUGCGUGCGGACCCCUUUAUAGCGACUAUUGCGAAGGGUGCUGGGACGUGUGGCGCAGAGAUUCGCAGGAUUUCCAAGCUGCUUCAUCGUCUCCAACAAUUUUGCCACACAUUCCUGCAGACAAAAAGGAGUCGGGAUCGGAGCAGUUCCAUCCAAGCGUACGAAAUCACCAGCACCAACAGGCCGGGGCCGAGCAGACAGAGCCGCCAGAUGGCGCAGCCGGAGCCCCUCAAGUGCAGCAGGCUGAUGCAGCACAUCGGGCUGAGUUCGCCGAAGCCGCACAUCUUCCUGCACCGUCUACACCGCCUGAAGGCUACGCUUGAAUCAGGUGCGUCAUCCUGCGCCGCUUACUGCAUCACCUGGCGGUGCCGCUGGAAUGGGGCUGGCAAUUUUGCAGCAUUGACAUGAUGCAGCCUCGUGUUGGUAUCUUGCUCUUCUGUCACGUGUGGUGCGCCUCCUUCCGACGGAACAGUCGCCAAAUGGACAUGUGGACGCUGUGGCGCGAG